CCGGCAGUCAUGCUCCAGACAGCCUUGAGUGCGGGUAUGACCGUUUGCUAUUCGAUGACCAGCCGGGUGCUGACUUGAUCCACUCAUUGUCUACCUGGCCGAGAACUCUAUUUUGGACCUAUCUAUCGACUUAGUCAUGCUUACGGUCAUGGGUGUUGUUAUCGGUUUUGUCAUCUCCUAUGGGGCUUCGAUCUCACGCCUCAUCUGGUAUCACGUUCCACCACGUUACUGUGCGCCGAGGGAUGGGGUUACCGGACGGAUCGCGUUGGGCUUGGUUGAAGCAUAUGCCGUCGCCCUUAAGCACCACUUGAGAGGAGAGAUGGGAGUAUACUACAAGGACCUGUAUCGCCUGGUGUGGCCCGAGAGUGAGACGUUGAAUCCUCGCUGGUAGACGUGUGAAAAAAAUCCACCGAUCCAAGGGAGUAUCCUCCAAUACCAAAUCCUCAUCCUCCCCACGACAUCCCACCUGCCCAUGCUGAAAGCACUGACCAUUCCAUAGAUGCGGUCAAUCAAAUCGGUAGCCGAACGUCUCCCGAUGCGCACCUCAGCUUCUCGAAUGAAGUCAAAUUGGCUUACUCUGGAAUGAUUCGAGGAACUGCAAAUAAACAAAUACAGAUUCCUCUGGCCUGAAGAAGAGAAACUCGUUGCAUGGGUUCUUUGUACCCAUGAACAAGCAUUCACUUGGAAUGAGCAAGAAAUGGGUUUAUUCCGCAGUGAU